GGGAGAUCAUUCAAGGGAAGGGAAAUGUUUCUGCUGAUCAGUAAUUCAGAUAUACCCAUGUCAGCCAAGGGUAUAACAAUCACGAGAUCUUUGCUUCGGCUGCCUGCUCCUGCUGAGACCCGCACGCACACUGACCGACAAAAGAGAGUGGAGCGAAGAGCGUCAUCAAUCCGAGAGCGGGCGAGAGAGCGGCCGCUACAAGUGGAGCACUGCAAUUGCGUUUGGUUUGGUUUGGGGCCCGGUGUGUGUCCGUUCAGUGUGUCAGUCAGUCUUUGCGGUUGCAACGCGACGGUCGACCCGAACCGAACCGAACCAAGCACCAGCCACAUCCAGACGUGGACAGGAGCAGACCGGACACCGGGACAGUGCAAAUCGAAAAACGGAACAGAGCCGGGCAAAUAUCGGGCGUAAAUUAAAUAAUAAGAGGGGUGCCGUGUUGUCUGUGCAGCAGCGAUCAAAGAACUCCAACUUAAAGUUAAACCGCCUUGAACCGUCUUGUUUGCUUAGUGGAUCAUCGGUUCGGAUCGGAUCGUAUCGGAUUGGAACGGGGAUUCCGUUCGGUGUGGGUGGAGCCUGUGCUCUGGGAAGUGCCUCUGAAGUUCCCCGAAAGUAUUUAUUGCAAUCAUCGGAGCACCAUCAUCAUGGAAAUCCACUCCCUGAGGGCGGCCCUGCUGGCUCUUCUGUUGCUGCUGCUGUUGGGGCAUCGCUCCUCCUCGACAAACGCCAGCCACCAGCUGCAACGCCAGCGAGCGUCUUGGCUGCGCGACAGCACAGACAUCAAGGACAAGAUCAUCGAGCUGCAGUGUCUGGCGCGAUGCGGGAGCACCACCAGCAGCAGAGCGGAGCGAGAGCGUUGCCUGGACGAGUGCAUCCUGGAGCUGCUGCGGGCGCCACGGGCCGGCAGCUGUCCCCCCCUGGGCAGGCAGACGCGGCCGCGACUCUCCUGCCUGGACAACUGUGUCUACGAUCACGACUGUGCCGAUGUGCAGAAGUGCUGUGUGUCCGCCUGCGGGCCAGUGUGCGUGGAUCCUGUGGGACUGCGCAAUGACACGGAACUGCCGCCGAUACCCAGGAUUCAGUACUUCAAGAUGUCGCGCGGCCACAAGGUGGAGCUGCGCAUCGAGUCGUCUCUGCUUGUCUACUACUUCCAUUUGGAGGUGCGCUACCACAUCGGACGAUUCUUUGCGCCCCGCAAACUCGGCCUCUGGCAGUGGCAGAAGGUGGAGAAGAUAAUGGAGACGAACAGCGGACGGAGCAAACUCACGGAUGUCUUCUUCAACAUGCGGCCGGGUCGCUGGUACCAGGUGCGAGUGGCGGCCGUUAAUGCGUUUGGCUUCCGUGGCUACUCCCAGCCAACGCGCCCCUUCUCCUCGGCUGGCAAUCCGAAGCCACCCAAAGCGCCCAACGAUUCGAAGAUUAUAUCCAAGCAGUACGAUGGACGCUUCAUGAACGCCAAGCUGGUGUGGUGCCCCUCCAAGUCGAAUCUGCCCGUGGAAAAGUACAAGAUCAUUUGGUCGCUGUAUGUGAACAGUGCAGAGGCCUCGAUGAUCACCCAGGACACCUAUGUGAAGGAUUCGCACCAAUUCGAGAUCAGGAAACUGCUGCCCAACUCCUCGUACUACAUCCAGGUGCAGGCCAUUUCCUAUAGCGGCUCGCGACGCCUGAAAUCCGACAAGAAGUCGCUGCUGUUCAACACCACGCUGCAGUCCCUCGAGGCCUAUGCUCCACUCCAGUGUUCCGCGCACAACUUUAGGCGAAAGUAUCAUCAUCACAUCCCCACCACCAGUAGCGGCAGCAGCAGCAGUACCAGCACCAGCACGGAGAGAACUUCCACGCCGGUCAACAUCAAUGAAGUUGCACCCGUCGUGAAUCGGACCACAGCAGUAGCCGUAGCCGCAGUCACCUCGUAUGAUGUACGUUUCCGGCUGAACCGGAAAUUCGGCAUGAUUGUGCAGAUUUUUGGAUUCCAGCCACACAAGGAGAAGGUCUAUGAACUGUGUCCCCAGGAAACCAACUGCGAACAGCGCGAGUUCAGUGCGAUUCGAGCCAAAAAAGAUUCUCUGGAGUUCAGCAAGCUCAAAUACAACACGACGUACGUGCUGAAGGCCCUGCGAUCCAGUCCAAACUCUGUGCUGGACGAAACGAGGAAUGUCUUCACCUUCACAACGCCCAAGUGUGAGAACUUUCUUAAGACUUUCCCCAAGCUGCAGAUGAAGUGCAGCGGCGAUUAAGCAGCAGCGCCGCAGCACCCACAGUAAGCGAUGGGAGAGAGUUCAGACGGCGACACACCCACUGACCUCCCUCCCCACCCCACAUACCAUGAGAUUAUACUAGAUUGUAAAUAAUUGUAUGUAAAACUUAACUUUUUACUUAUUGUUAGACCUAAGAACCACCACAUGCCACACCACACCACACUACAAACCACAUACACAAAUCGGAACAAAGAUUCGCGUCUCUGUC